UACACCAAUUCUUACUACAGCUUCGGGAGUAGUAGAAUGUAGGAGAACUCCAUAAAUCACGAUCAUUUCAAGGUAUGCUUGACGAUCGCCGCCAUGUUCAAGAAGCCCAGCGAGAUUCGCGGGCAGCAGCGCCUGUCAGGAGCCGACAGAAAGAAGCUUCGACGAAACAUCCGAGACAAGUUCCCCGGCGCCACCGAUGAACAGCUGGACGCCAUCCUGCCGCCCAAGGCUGACGUGGCGGUGACGCGGCUGGUGAAUCGCGUGCUGGUGUACGGCUUCGAGAACGGGCUGCCCAUGCUCUUCGACUGCGACGGCCGGGGUACCGAGAUCUACCCCACUGUGUUUGCGCUGUGGCGGGUGCCCGACCUGGUGCCAUCGUUUCUUCUCAAGGGGGGCGAGGUGUCCCGCUACGUGCUGUCAGGGGCUGACCUCAUGGCGCCAGGCGUGCAGAUGCCUGCUGCAGGGCUGCCAGGGUUUCGGCCAGGGGAGGUGUGGUCCGUGAAGGUUCCUGGAAACUCAUGCCCCAUUGCUGUUGGCAUAACCAUGGUGGGGAGUGCAGAGGCCGUCAAAGCAGGCAUGCGGGGGAAACUACUCCGAAUAACCCACUAUUACCGCGACUCGUUAUGGGAAACAGCAGAGGGUUCCUACGUCCCCAAUAAGGGCUUUUUAGCCGAUAUAGUCGUGCCAGACCCUGAUGCACCUGCCCAGGCAAGUCCUGAGGGGCAGAGCACAGAUCCCGACACUUCACCUCAACAUACUCUUGCUGCUGCUGCUGCUGCUGCUGCUGCAGAGCAGGCAGAAGAGGACUACGGAGCAGCAGUAGCAGCAGCAGCGUCAGUGUCCGAUUCGCCGCAGCAGCUGGCGGAACCUCUGCGGCAAAUGGGCCUAGACGCCACCGGUGCUUCGGCUGGUGGCGUUGGGGAUAGUGGUGCUGGGGACGGCGAGGUGGGAGAGCAAGCGGCAGCAGCAGCACAAGCGACGCCAGCGCAGAUGGACGACCUGCUGGAUCGGUGCCUGCUGCAGGCGCUGUCCGUGUCUAUCAAGCCCACUCACCUGCCUCUAGGAGCCAGCUCCCUCUGGUCCAAUCACGUGCUGCCAUGUCGUCCGCCUGGCACAACAGUGGACAUCAAGCGGUCAUCACAUAAGAAGCUCUCGAAAUGGCUGCAUGCGAAGGCUGUUGACGGGCUGAUCUCAGGCAAGGAGGACAAGCACCGCAAGGAGUUCAUUCUCUCUGCCAUCAACUACCGCCACCCGGCCCUCGUCGCAUUCACGCCAGACAGGACAACCAAACCCGCCCAACCCCCUCCUUCUGCCACCCAAGAUGCCGCAUCCGCCACACCAGGAACAACCCCUGGCACCAGCACCACCACCGCCACCACCACCACUGCUAGUAGCAGCAGCACCAGCGCCAGUAGCAGCAGCAGCAGCGGUGAGUUGACAGUUGAAGAGGUGUUCAAGCCCUCCCACCAUGUGUCUGCCAUCUUCGAAACAGUCGGGCUGGACCCCCACGGCUUCUACUCCCCCUCCGCCGCCCGCGAUGCCGCCCUCUCCUACAUCACCCUCCACUCCCUCACCAAGCCCUCCGACCCCUCUAAAGUCAUCCUCGAUGCAACACUAUGUGACGCGCUGUACAAGGGCGCGAUAAAGAAGGGAACGGCAUACCCAACGGAGUGCCACAAGAGGGAGGUGGGGCCCACUUUGGUGCGGCGGAUGCAGGCGCAUCACAGGGUGGAGAGGGGGGGGCGGAGUGUGGUGCGCAAGGGCGGGCUGGUGCCCGUGCAGAUUCUGGUGGAGCGGCGGCAGGGCAACAAGAAGGUCACCCGGGUGACGGGGCUCGAGGCUUAUCUGGUGGAGGCUGAGCCGCUGGCUGCUGAGCUGCAGAAGAAAUUUGCUUCAAGCACGUCGGUUACAGAAGUGCCAGGCAAGAAGGGGCAGCAGGAGGUGUUGAUUCAGGGAGGGGUGUUGGAUGAGUUGGCUCGGCUGCUGGUGGACGUGCAUGGCAUUCCCAAGUCGCAUAUAGAGGUCCUCGAUAAGACUAGGCGGUGAUGAUGAUGCAUGUGAGUUCCUUCUCGCAUCAGAAAUUGUGUACGGAACGUGGCAUGGUUACAAUCCUUUUAAGGAACUAGGCAUGGUUACAGUCCCCCUGAGGGAAUGUGGCAUGGUUACCAUCCUCGUUCGUGACUGAACGAGGCACGGUUACAGUCCUCCUGAGGGAAUGUGGCAUGGUUACCAUCCUCGUGACGGAAUGUGGCAUGGUUACCAUCUCCCUGAAGAGGAACAGGAGAGGGGGAGGGGAGGAGGAGGGGGGGGAGAGAGUGGGCAACAUGCCUUGUCAUCAUAGAUGUAUUGCAGCAUGGUUAAGACUCAUACGCUGCUUGGGCUUGUGAUGAAGAUGUUUGCACCAUUCAUGCUUGUGUUACCCAGGUUCCUCUCAAAGCGCAUGCAUGGUAUUGUCACUCAACAGUUUAAGUACUGGACAUGAAUUCU